CUCACCAGUAUGUCUCUAAAAUGAGCAUCCAUAUAUAUCAUAUCACCAUGAAGACAAUCUUCAGUGCAGCUUGGCUUGUCAUCUACCUACUAACAGUCAGUGAAUGCAGUACUCUUCAGGUGGUCGGUGUUGAAGGCCAGAAUGUGACUCUGCCGUGCAGAUAUGAUGCCUCCAAUCACGGAGUUCUUCCCAUGUGCUGGGGGAGAGGAGCGCUUCCAUCCUCUGGGUGUGACAACCAGAUCCUCUCCAGUGAUGGAUCAGCAGUAAAAAAAAGAACCUCCAUCAGGUAUCUGCUGUCUGGAGACCUGAAGCAGGGUGACAUCUCCCUGACCAUCCUCAACACCACAGAGAGAGACGCAGGGCUGUACGGGUGCAGAGUGAAAAUGCCAGGCUGGUUCAACGACAUGAAGAGUGAAGUCAGGUUGAAUGUGGAGAAAACCUUUUUGCCAACUACAAACAGGAUACCCGACCAUGUGGCCGUGACACCAGCCAGUCACUCGCAAGCAGACACCGGUGACACGGGCCAACAGAUGGAGGCUGCUGCGGUGAUAGGGUCCAGUGGAGAGACUUUGACAGUCCCAUCCCAGUUCACCUACAUAUCUUUGACUGUGUCUGUCAAAGUGGCGACCCUCCUCCUUCUCCUCUUCUCUGCGUUUCUGGGCGUCAGACACCUUCUAAAGAAGACCAGGUCCCAACCUGUCCACUCAGGUGGAGGAGUAGAGGACGUGAUCUGCACAGCAACAGACGUGAUGGUGGGGAGGAAAAAAGAGAGAGCCACACCCUCUCCUGUUCCUCAGGAGGUGGAUUACGGACGGGUCGAGAUGACCGUCGCUCUGUAGAGAUGCAUGAGGAGGAGGAAAGAAAAGGAGGGGGAGGAAAGGGUGGGGAGAACAUGAAGGUGUGGAGGUUGUGGUGUCUCCAACCUGCUGGCAGACCAGCGCCUCUCCUGACCAGACGAGUUGCACACAGAUUGACAGAAUUUGUGAAAAAAUACAUAAAUUCAUUCAUGACUGUAAUUUGUCCUGUACUGUCAUUCAUUAAUUACUAUAAAUCAUUAUUAGCUAACAUUCCUUCAUUACUGUGAUUUGUUUAUUACAGUUUUUUCCAAUUGUUUACUGUAAGCACAAUUUUGAAAACAGUGCUCACUUGGUCAAAACACUCCAGUCUUUUGCUAAAUGAAACACGUUCAAAACUAUACAAUCUUGUAUAAAAAACAAUUUCUGUCACCGUAUGCGACACACAUGGUUCAUAAAAUUGGACUCUGUUUGAAACUGUUACACACCGUAGUUCAAAAUGUAAAACACUUUACACUAACUAUUCUUUUCUAAUGAUAUAACCUGCUUGAUUUUGUCAGAGAUAUUGUUCCAGUAGAGUACGUACAAGUACAUGAAUAUGUUGACCAAACACAACACAGAAGACCAGGGGCCUGUUCCAUAAAGCAAGUUCACCAAA